AGUCUUCUCAUCAAUCGAAACCCCAAAAAGCUCAAUUCAUUCAUUCAAUCCCAACAGUUCCAAAACUAACGCCACCCACCUUCUUCCCUUGAGAGGCCAUGGCCAAAAUCCCACAACUCUAAUUCUCUCUCUCUCUGUUUCUCUACUCUCUUACUUGUUUCUCUAUCUUCCUUUCUUCAUUCCUCCCAAACUCUUAACCAAAACCAACUACAAAGUUAAGCAAACUCACUCACAUGAUGAUGAUGAGAGGAGAAGAACAAGAAGAAGAAGAGUAAUUUUGUACAAGGAAGAAAGAUGGUUGAUUCUUCAGCUCUUUCAGCUGAAUGUUUGGUGGGUAUGCCCUAGAAAGACUUCCCCUUUUCCUUCUUUUCAAUUUGGUGAAGAUUAUUAGCCCCAUUCUCUUCCUCACCAAAUACCCAAAAAAACAGGAAAGGAAAAAAGAAAAAAGAAAAAAGGAAAGUAAAUAGAACAAGCCCUCCAUAUCUAUCUCCCUCGAUCCUCAAAUAUCUUUUGUUGUUGGGUUUUGCUUAAUUGCAUAUAUAAGAGCUAGAGAGAGCUAGCUCCCUGAGCUCAAAAUUAGGUUUGCAAGAAAAAUAUAGACGCAUAUAUGGAUCCAGUAGCAGCACAUGGGCGUCCACUGCCUCCUUCUUUUCUUUCUAGAGAUCUCCACUUACAUCCUCACCACCAAUUCCAGCACCACCUCCACCACAACAACCACAAUUCCGAAGACGAGCAGAACAGCAGUGGUGGAGGAGGCCUAAUUAGCCGCGGCAUCAAGCGCGAUCGUGAUGAGAACACCUCCGCCGCCACCACCUCCUUGGAAGGUAAGGAACUGGGCUCCACCAGUGCCGGGGAGGGCGAGAUCACGAGGAGACCCCGGGGCCGCCCUGCGGGCUCCAAGAACAAGGCCAAGCCCCCCAUCAUCAUAACCCGGGACAGCGCCAAUGCUCUCCGAUCCCACGUCAUGGAAGUCGCCAACGGCUGCGAUAUCAUGGACAGCGUCUCCACUUUCGCCAGGAUCAGGCAAAGAGGAGUUUGCAUCCUCAGCGGCAGCGGAACCGUCACUAAUGUCACUAUAAGACAACCGGCCUCCCCGGGAUCUGUGGUCACCUUACACGGCAGGUUUGAAAUUCUGUCGCUUUCCGGGUCCUUUUUGCCCCCUCCUGCCCCUCCCGCUGCUUCAGGUUUAACUAUAUACCUGGCCGGCGUGCAGGGCCAGGUGGUCGGGGGCGGGGUUGUGGGCCCGCUCCUGGCAUCGGGCCCGGUGGUGAUCAUGGCAGCGUCUUUUGGUAAUGCAGCUUAUGAGAGGCUGCCUCUGGAGGAGGAGGAGCCUGCUGCCGCAGGGCAGGUGCCGGGAAGCGGACCCCUCGGGUCUCCCGGGGUUGGCGGGCAAGAACAUCAACAGCAGUCGAUUCAGCAGCAGCAGCAACAACAACAGCAACUAUUGCAAGAUCCUAAUGCACCGUCGCUUUUUCAUGGGAUGCCGCAAAGUUUACUAAAUUCAUGCCAAUUGCCUGCUGAGGGAUAUUGGGGCACAGCACGCCCUCCUUACUGACUGACUGAUCGCUAAGCAAGAAA